GGAUUGAGAACAACUGAAUCUGUGUCCACAUCUGUGUGAGCAAGCUAUCUGCCUCCAUCUCUCUCGAUCUCUCUCUGUCCUUAGUGUCUCUCUCCUCUUUAUUUCAUUCUAGUUCUAUUUCUUUCAUCUUCUAUCUCUAUUUUUAAUCUCCUAUCUCUUUUUUUCAUCUUCUAUCUCUGUUAAAUUGCUUUUCUAUCGUUUCUCUCAGUCUUUCUCUCUUUCUCAGUCCUUCUCAAUCUCUUCUGCUUCUUUCUUUAUCUCCCUCCCUUCCUUUUCUUUGAGGGUAGAGACUGUUGAUCAUUGUGUAGUAGACUGAAGGGUAGAGACUGUUGAUCAUUGUGUAGUAGACUGAAGGGUAGAGGCUGUUGAUCAUUGUGUAGUAGACUGAAGGGUAGAGGCUGUUGAUCAUUGUGUAGUAGACUGAAGGGUAGAGGCUGUUCAUCAUUGUGUAGUAGACUGAAGGGUAGAGGCUGUUGAUCAUUGUGUAGUAGACUGAAGGGUAGAGGCUGUUGAUCAUUGUGUAGUAGACUGAAGGGUAGAGACUGUUGAUCAUUGUGUAGUAGACUGAAGGGUAGAGACUGUUGAUCAUUGUGUAGUAGACUGAAGGGUAGAGACUGUUGAUCAUUGUGUAGUAGACUGAAGGGUAGAGACUGUUGAUCAUUGUGUAGUAGACUGAAGGGUAGAGACUGUUGAUCAUUGUGUAGUAGACUGAAGGGUAGAGGCUGUUGAUCAUCGUGUAGUAGACUGAAGGUUAAGGGCAGAGGAGACAGUUUUAGACCAACUAUCAUUUAGUGGUGGUGGUUGACUUGUGGUUAGGUUAGCAUAGCUGUGGUCGAGGAGCGGUCGAAGAGCGUUCAUGGUCCUGGCUAUGGAGGACGCCUGUCCCAACGGGGUGGAGGUAGCGGUGGAUUCCCCUCCGGAUGCAGCCGGGACGGGAGAGCAAGGCGAGACAGGAGAUGGGUCGGCUGGGGAGGGGGCGGCUGCUGAGCCCACAGAGGGAGCCGACACAUCAGGAGCGAUGCAGCAGGUGUUGAACAACCUGGGGGAGCUGCCUACCUCCACGGGGGCCAAAGACAUCGACCUCAUCUUCCUCAGAGGCAUCAUGGAGAGUCCCAUUGUACGGUCACUCAUCAAGGCCCACGAGCGAUUGGAGGAUGUGAGGCUGGAGGCGGUGCAGGACAACAACGUGGAGCUGGUCACAGACAUCCUGGGCGACAUCACCGCCCUCAGCGUCCGCGAUGACAGAGCAGCGGAACUCUCCCGAAUCCUCCAGGAGCCCCACUUCCAGUCCCUCCUGGAGGCCCACGACAUGGUAGCCUCUAAGUGCUAUGAGGCUGUGCCCCCAGCAGAGCUGUCCAAUGAGGCGCUGGUGAACAGUGCUCUGAUGCAGGCCGACGCUGUACGCAUGAUCGGCAUCCGGAAGAAGGCUGGAGAACCACUGGGAGUGACGUUCAGAGUGGAGAAGGAGGAGCUGGUCAUCGCUAGGAUCCUCCACGGAGGAAUGAUUGACAGGCAGGGUCUGCUACACGUGGGUGACAUCAUAAAGGAAGUGAAUGGGCGGGACGUAGGGAACAACCCCACUGAGCUGCAGGAGAUGCUGAAGGACUGCAGCGGAGGAAUCACUCUGAAGAUACUGCCUAGUUAUAGAGAUGCACCUGCCCCACCACAGGUGUACGUGCAACCACACUUUGACUACGAUCCAGCCAAUGACCAUCUGAUCCCAUGUCGAGAGGCGGGGAUUGGCUUCAAGAGGGGGGACCUCCUUCAGAUUGUCAACAGAGAGGACCCCAACUGGUGGCAGGCAUGUCAUGUGGUUGGUGGAGCCACUGGACUGAUCCCCAGUCAGUUUCUGGAGGAGAAGAGGAAAGCCUUCGUCCCACGAGACUUUGACGGCUCAGGGAUCCUGUGUGGUACAAUAACUGGAAAGAAAAAGAAAAAAAUGAUGUACCUAACAGCCAGGAACGCAGAGUUUGAUAGGCACGAGCUGCAGAUCUAUGAGGAGGUGGCCAAGAUGCCCCCGUUCCAGAGGAAGACCUUGGUUCUGAUUGGAGCGCAGGGGGUGGGCCGCCGUAGCCUCAAGAACCGACUGGUGGUCCUCAACCCAACACACUUCGGAACCACCAUCCCCUUCACCUCCCGGCGUCCCCGUGACGAUGAGCUGGACGGUAACUCAUACCAGUUCGUAACACGGACGGAGAUGGAGGCGGACGUGAAGGCGGGCCGUUACCUGGAGCACGGCGAGUACGACGGGAACCUCUACGGAACCAAGAUGGACUCCAUCCACGAGGUGGUGGACACGAGACGAACCUGCAUCCUGGACGUCAACCCACAGGCUCUGAAGGUACUAAAGACAGCAGAGUUCAUGCCGUAUGUGGUGUUCAUCGCAGCACCAGAGUAUGAGACGCUCAAGGCCAUGCACAAAGCUACGGUGGACGCCGGAAUCACCACCAAACAACUCACGGAUGUGGAUCUGAGGAAGACUGUUGAUGAGAGUGCUCGUAUCCAGAGGGCCUACAACCACUACUUCGACCUCAUCAUCACCAACGACAACCUGGAUCGCGCCUUCGAGACGCUACAGGCUGCCGUCGACAAACUCUGCUCCGAACCACAGUGGGUCCCCGUUAACUGGGUCUACUGAACCCCAACCGGACACUGUCUGACUGGGUCUACUGAACCCCAACCGGACACUGUCUGACUGGGUCUACUGAACCCCAACCGGACACUGUCUGACUGGGUCUACUGAACCCCAACCGGACACUGUCUAACUGGGUCUACUGAACCCCAACCGGACACUGUCUAACUGGGUCUACUGAAACCCAACCGGACACUGUCUGACUGGGUCAACUUGACUGUGUGUGUUCAACCACCGAGGCAGGGGAAAGGACAUGAGAAAAGGGGUUGGUAAUCUGUGGUACUCUGACGGGGGGGGGGGGGGGGGGGGACCAACCAAACCAAGCGCCUCCUCCUCUCUCCUUACUUCCUGCACACAUUGCAACUGUUUUCUUCAGGAAACUCGAAGGGAAAGACUUCUUAUAUAUUUUGGUAUUUUGUAACUUUUUACGAACAAUCUUUCUAUUCAUACCAACCUGGAAUUCAAAAACAUGAAAAAAUAAACAUCAAGGCCAAA